UUGGUUCCAAUGUAUCCACCCCCUCCCAUUUGCUCGUAAGUUUUCCCGUCUGACAACCGAAUGUUUCUUAAGUUGCUAAAUGCCCCAGUUGGGUCGGGAAAAUGAACGUGUGUUACUGCCCUCGGGCCGUACAAGGUGUUGCUCGUAGUAGCCGCUGAGCAGGAAGCAUUUCGAGUCACCUAACCCAGCAGCAUCGGCAGCGGCAGUAGUACUUGUAGUACUCGCAGCGCUGCCAUCGUCGGCCUCCAUUUUGACUUCACCGCCGCGGAGCCUCGUCUCACGUGUCCUGGGCCGCCUCGCUCACAUGACCCGAGUGUUUGUUCCCGUGAAGCACCUCCAUCUCUGUCCCUGGGACUCAGCAGCACACUUCACCACGACCCUGAUGGAUAUGCUCGAACACAGUCUGGACACCACAAGCCAAGAUAAACAAGAGGAAGAGGUGCAGGCGUCUGAAGACGGAAGCCACGAGCAGACGGCAGUCACCAUAGCCAGCGUACAGCAGGCAGCGGCGUUUGGGGAUCACAACAUACAGUAUCAGUUCCGCACUGAGGGCGGACAGGUCACGUACCGCGUCGUCCAGGUCACUGACCAGAACCUGGAGGGACGAAAUGAUGGCGGAGGGGCGGUCAGCAUGGUGUCCACGGCUGCCUUUAGCGGCACUCCACAGGCUGUCGCCCAGGCCGUGAUCCAGAACCCUUUCAGCAAUGGUGGAAGUCCGGCGGGGGAGGCGGUGGGAGGAGCAGGCGGGGGGGCAGGGGGAGAGGCACGCUUCACAUACUUCCCCGCCACAGCGGUGAGCGAUGGCGCCGUGUCCGUGCAGGCCGCUGCUGCCGACUCCACGCUCACGCAGGCAGGAGGCCAGUUCUACGUGAUGAUGACCCCUCCCGAUGUCAUUCAGACGGGCGCCGCACGGAGCAUCGCCCCGCGCACACAGCCCUUUCCUGCGAAAAUGGACGGCCCUCGGACGCCGCGGGAUGAGAAGAGAAGAGCGCAACACAACGAAGUCGAGAGGCGGCGGAGGGACAAAAUCAACAACUGGAUCGUGACGCUGUCCAAAAUCAUCCCUGACUGCAACAUGGACAGCACCAAAACUGGAGCUAGCAAAGGCGGCAUCCUGUCUAAAGCCUGCGACUACAUCCGAGAGCUGAGGCAAAGCAACCAGCGGCUACAGGAGAGUCUGAAGGAGGUGGAGAGGAUCCAGGUGGACAAUGAGCUGUGCAGGCAGCAGAUCGAGGAACUGAAGAAUGAGAAUGCUUUGCUGAGAGCGCAGCUCCAGCAGCACGGCAUCGAGAUGGUUGGGGAGACGCCGCCGCAGUGAAGGAACGCCCCGGGCCCCUCCCCCAACGGAAGGAGAGGUGGCAAACAAUGACUUGGGAAGAUUGACAUUAGGGACUGCAUCCUCGUCCAAGUGGAGAUCCCCCCUCCAAGUGGAGAGCCCCCCUCCAAGUGGAGAUCCCUCCUCCAAGUGGAGAUCCCUCCUCCAAGUGGAGAUCCCCCCCUCCAAGUGGAGAUCCCUCCUCCAAGUGGAGAUCCCUCCUCCAAGUGGAGAUCCCUCCUCCAAGUGGAGAUCCCUCCUCCAAGUGGAGAUCCCCCCCUCCAAGUGGAGAUCCCCCCCUCCAAGUGGAGAUCCCCCCCUCCAAGUGGAGAUCCCUCCUCCAAGUGGAGAUCCCCCCUCCAAGUGGAGAUCCCUCCUCCAAGUGGAGAUCCCCCCCUCCAAGUGGAGAUCCCUCCUCCAAGUGGAGAUCCCUCCUCCAAGUGGAGAUCCCUCCUCCAAGUGGAGAUCCCUCCUCCAAGUGGAGAUCCCUCCUCCGGCUGACUUGCUGAGCUUUUGACCACCACACGUGCAUGAGCACGUGCACAUCCGCCAGGAGCGCCAUGGCAACCAAACACCUUUCUCAUUUGAUUUCAUGAAGUCAGCCUUUUGUCUGUGCCCCGCCCAUACGAUUGUGGUUCUGGUUCUGGUUCUUAUGAAUAUGACCUUGGACUUAGUUGGUGCUUUGAGUUGUGAAUGUUUUAAUUUAUGAGUGUGCUUGCUGACAGCUGAUGUAAUGGAGAGCAGUUACAUGGACGCUCACGUGGACCCAAAGCGCUCGCUGGCUGGACGCCGAGCCUGGGCCGGGGACUAAACGCUCUACUGGAAUUGUCGGGCAUUGGCGUGAAACAGCCCAGCACGUGUCUUGUUUUCUAGGCCACGUGAAGAUAGGAAAUGGGGGCUGAAGGUGACAGGAAGGGGGGCGUGGAUUGUUGCGGGCGUGCACCCCAUCCAGCUCUCACCUCAGGACGCCCACUCGGGCUCUAAAAGUAGGACCCAGUCAUUGCUAGGUCGUGUUGGAUGGGACCGUGUCAGCCAGGCCAAAUGGAUGGUAGCUCCGCCCCCGCAGAUGUGGAUGUUGAUAAUCACACACAAGCAUAUUGUUGCUAAUUCCUUUGUUUUCUCCUGCCUGCGCAGCACGAGGAAGACCCCCCCCCCUCCCCACCUCACCCCCACCCCCGUAGCAGCCUCAGGUUAACUCAGGUUAGAUUGGAAGCUGAGAUCUUUUCUAUGUACGAAUAAAUCUUUCAGCUAGCUAACAGCCUCCUCACUCAGGUUCUUCCUUGUUGCGCGCCCUCACUCUGGGAAAGGACAGGGAGAUACGGCAGGACCAUUCUUUCUUCUCCGUGCCAGGUCGGGAUGGGGGUGUCAGAUGGCUGACCUCUACGGGUGGGAUGCUACCAAAGCCAGCCUUGAGUUGUUACGUCAUGCCUAAACAUGGCUCCCUCCCUCCAUCUAGGGCACGGGUGUCAAACGUACGCCCGCGGGUCAGAUCAGGCCCGCAGUUGGGUUUAAUGCGGCCGCGAGACGAUGUCAUGAAGUAUAAAAAUAAGCUGCAUUUUCAAUCAAAUUGACUGCUGUUCUAACUACGACCACUGGAUGGCGACACUGGAUCGUGUUAAGCAUGCAAACAGUUUAUACCGGCAGAGCGAGGAAAGUGCAGCCCGCCACCUUGUCCUCUAUGACGGGGUGUUGGCAGCAUGUUGCAGGGCUGGAAGAAUAGAACCUUGGUCGCCAACCACAUGACAAUGGAGACGAGAAGGUGAAUGAACUGUUGAUGAGAAACUGUUUACUCACAACCGGACUUCAGAGCCCGAGUGGAAGCUAACGGGGUUAGCUUGUGUGGCUGUGUGUGGGACUUGGAUGAGUAUAUUCUCACCAGGUUGUAUUUUAGGGCUUUAAUGUAAGGAAGGUUUACGGUGCUCGGUGACCGGUGCAAGUUCAGACUGAAAAAAUCCGAGAAGCGCGGUUAUUUGUGAACGUAGCUCGUCUUGGCCAUAAAUGCACAUUCUCCAAAACAAAUGACAGAAAAAUCUUCCAUACGCAGUUGGGAUGGCAUGGGGGACUACAUCUUCCUUCAUGGCAGCCACAGGCAUUCCAGUUGGUUGGAGAUGGAGUAGCAGUGUGUACAGAGGCUGACAGCCAUUAGAAAGGUUCGCCAGAUUGUUACCAACACAUACAUGUGCUUUACCAUUAGACACAAGUCUAUUUGGUGGGACGGCGUAGGGUUUGUAGCUUUUUAUACGACACUCUGCUGAAUUUACAUUUGAUAUGGUCUUAUCGCCCAACCCUAUUUUAGAGUAUUUAUUUGUUUUAUUAAUAUCAUGGUAUUUAACAUAUACUCAAACAUGGCCCCCUCCCUCGAUCUACAAUUUUCAUUCCUAAAUGAUCUGUUUCAUGAUUGUUAAAAACUAAACAUGAGUCAACAUAUUUUGACCUGAAUGAAGCAUUUUCAAGCAUAAAAAUCUAUAAAACCUGAAUAAAGACAGCUGGGAUAGGCUCCAGCACCCCCACGAGCCUGGUGAGGAUAAGGGGUAGAAAAUGGAUGAAUAAAGCAAGGUUCAACUUGGGAACGUGGUGUUCUCCAAUGGUGGCUAGGUGGCGCUAACUGUUGGGCGGCAGCGGCAGAUGCAAACCCUCCCUGUGAAGAAGGCAGCAUCAUCAUUUAUCAUCAUCAGCUAGCUAUUGUUUGGGGCCUCCAUCAGAAGGUAGCACAUCCAGGUUGGAAAGAUGGAUAUUAGAUAUAUAAAUAUAUAAAUAUUGGAUGAUGAGGUCACACCAACUGGGUUGUGUAGAUGAAUAUUUCAUGAAGCAGCUGCCUGGAAAGAAUCCCAUUCCGUCUUUGCCAAUCCAAACCUUCUUAUGAAAAGAUGCAAUUAGUGCGCAAAGGCAUCACUUGUGACUUUAUUUCCAAGUCAAAUACUUGGGAUUCACAGCAAAAGCCUCUUUCAUGCUCAUCCCAUCCCGGCAUUUCCUCACCACAAGCCUAAGAAUCGGGACACGGCUCCAACUGACAAAUGCUAGCUGAGAGAAAUGUAAACGCCUCAAGCGCUCCGUGUCGGUGCCAUCAACUCUGUCCCCCCAUUCCGUGUUAGUUCUUACGGAACAGCAUCUGGGUGAAAUGUUGGAAUGUCUGCAGCAUGUGUGAAAGGUGCUGCGGCAGGAAAAUUGCCAGGAUCGGGAUUUACACUGCCUCUUCAUUCCGUCACGUUACACUUACACAGCACAACCACGUGGGAAAUCUACAGUAUCUUGCUUCUACAGGAAAAUGGACAGGUUGACAUCGUUCUAACCCGAGGCUGAGCUGUCCUAACCAUAAUCCAAACCUAAUCCCAACCCUAUUCCUAAUCGUAAUCUCUACCUUAAUAACAAUAAUCCAAUCCCUAACCCUAACCCUAAACCAAACCCUAGCCAUAAUCCAAACCCUCACACUAGCCAUAAUUAAUCCCAAGUCUAACCCUGAUUGAACACCAAGGCAGUAUGAAAGGGUCUCCUAAUCCUAAUCCUAAUUCUCCUUCCACGGUAUGUUCCCCCAUGCCGUCCCCUAGCAUGACUUGAUGACGUCCAAAGCUGUCCUGCCUGAGGACAUUUCCAGGCCUCGCCUGCCAAGUCAGUGGAGGGAACUUCCAUGAACUUCCAUGAAUUUCCACAGCAGCGUAUGUCCCGAGAGGAUUCCUGAACCAGGCAGUGAGUCAUCAUUCCUCCCCUGUGAGUUCAAGCUGUCACGGCUGAUGUUUGACGAGUCUGAUCUUGGAAUGGCCAAUGAAGCUAACGUGUUUUUGGAAUGGGGGGGGGGGGGCGGCGUACGCGGAGAAAAGCCACGCAUGCACGGGGAGAACAUGCGAACGCCACACAGAGAUGGUGGAAUCGAACUCGGGUCUCCUAGCUGUGUGGCCUGCGUGCUAACCACUCUGCUGCCGUGCAGCUAAAAUUGAAGUUAUGAAUAUAUGAAUGUAAUAUUCAUAUUAGCUAAUGUAUAGUUAAUAGUGUUCAUUGUAUUUAUUUAUAAACGGCCUAAUGAUUGUAGUUAUGAAAUAUAAAUGUUAUGAAUAUAUGUAAGUAAUAUAAAUAUUAGCUAAUGAAUAGCUAAUAGUGUUUAUUUUAUUUAUUAAUAAACGACCUGAUGAUUGAAGUUAUCAAAUGAGAUGAAAGGAGCUGACAAUAGGAAAGAAGUUUUAUUACAAAUCAUUUCAUUUUCUACUUUGGGACACUUCAGUAAAAGUUGAAAACAAUAUGAACUAUUUCCAUCAUGGAGUAUUUCUGACAAACAAUUGUUCAAAUAUUGAAGCCACAAAUGAUGUGGUGAUGAUGUGAAUAAUUAACGAGCAGUAAAAGAAUGACUUGUGCUGACGGACGCAACAUGAUUUGGUUUUUCUUUGGACUUUGGAAAAAUGAUCCGAUGGAAAAGUCCCACAUUGAAGAAGAAGUGAUGCAACAUGUUUGUCUACUUAAACCUCCUGGAAGUUCCUAGCUGGCCUUUGCUUCCCUUGUUAUGAUAUGUUAUGAUAUGAUAUGAUAUGAUAUGUUAUGAUAUGUUAUGAUAUGUUAUGAUAUGUUAUGAUAUGUUAUGAUAUGUUAUGAUAUGUUAUGAUAUGUUAUGAUAUGAUAUGAUAUGAUAUGUUAUUUUGUGAUAUGUUUUGAUACGCGAUGAGGGGCGCUGGCCACGCUGCCCCCUGCAGGCCGGCAUGAGGAUGGGACGAGAUGCCAGAGAGCCUCGGCUGGGUGGCUGCUGAGGGGGCCUUCUAAAUAGAGGGCGGUUGUGCAACAGCCUGGGGGGGCCAAUGUCCUCCAGCGAGGGGGGGGGCAAGGCGGUGUGGCGCCUACCGAGGUGAAUCUGUCCGCCUCGCUGGUGCCUGUCUUUGUUUGGACACCAGAUCCGUGCUGAUAGGCCCCCUGCCAGGGGUGGACGGGUCCAAACGUACAUGCGUGGACACCAAGACCCCCCCACUUUAUUAGGUACACCCCCAGUGGCAGCCAAUGCCUUCCGCUUGUCCUACUCCACGCUUCCAUGGGAAUAACAUCAUUCCUAAAUCACAGCCAGUCAUCCUGUUAUUAAUAACACAUCUUCAGCAUGGCGAUUGAUAGACACGCGGUCAGGAUAGCGGCGUUACCUCCCCCAGGGAGCUUUCUUGUUUUCCUCCAACUUCCUGUGCGUUUGUUCAUUUGACAUCCUGUAGAAGUUUGAGAAAAUAGACGCUGUGUACGGGGAGGCAGCAUGGAAAUAAUAACAAUACCGUAAUAGCGUCUAUAUGCUGCACCAAUCAGCAGCAGCGGGAUUACCCGUGAGAAACCCAACCGUCCCGGGAAUCAUGGAUGAGGGUCCCGGAAAGAAAUGAUUGGGGGAUACAGGACGAGAUUCCAACAUAAAAGCCCGACUGGACAAACCUUUCGCUGCUCCCAAACAACUCGCCUUUUCUUUAUUGUUGUUGCCAAAUAAAGCACCGGUGUUGGGAUUAUUGGGAUUAUAUGCCAUAGGGAAUAAUAACAUACGUAUCAUGAUCAUCUUUCAUGUUGGUGACGCACGCCAUUGCUUCUGUCAACGUGACACCGCCUUGACGGCUGAAACGCCAACAUGGGCCAAGAAUGGGAUGGCAUGGACGCCGGAAGACCGGGAUG